CGCAUUCCAUUUUCUCUCUAAAAAAACCCAAAAUCCUUAAUCCUUCUUCUUCCUCCUCCUCUAUAAGAUAUUUACAUGCUCGUAAUCGUUGAUGCAAAAUAUUCCAUUUCCCUCCAAACAACCAAAAUCAGUGAAAAAAAUGGCCGAAGAAAGCUCCGAGAUAGUCUUCUUCGACGUGGAGACAACAAUCCCCACCCGAACGGGGCAGGGAUACGCCCUUUUGGAAUUCGGCGCCAUUGUGGUUUGCCCCAUGAGGAUGGUGGAGCUCCGGAGCUACUCCACGCUUAUCCGACCCGCUGACCUCUCACUAAUCACCUCCCUCUCCGUCCGCUGCAAUGGCAUCACCAAGGACACCGUCGUUCCUGCUCCGAGUUUCGCUGAUGUCGCAGAUCAAGUGUACGAUCUGCUUCACGGAAGAAUAUGGGCUGGCCAUAACAUAUUGCGUUUUGAUUGUCCUCGUGUACGAGAGGCAUUUUCCGAGAUAAACAGGCCAGCUCCAGAGCCUAAAGGAGCUAUAGAUACGCUACAAUUGCUAACACAAAAGUUUGGAAGAAGAGCUGGUGAUAUGAAGAUGGCAACUCUUGCAUCAUAUUUUGGGCUUGGAAAGCAAACACAUAGGAGUCUGGAUGAUGUACGCAUGAAUCUUGAAGUCCUUAAGUACUGUGCAACAGUCCUGUUUUUGGAAUCCACCCUUCCAGACAUAUUAAUUGAGAACAGCGAGGUUUCUCCCAUUGUCACCACAAGAAGACGAACUAAUGGAAAAAAUUCUACACAGCAGAUUGGGAAGGAUGAAAUUAUCGAAACACGUAGCGACAGGUUUGCAUGUCCAUCAACAUCGUCGCCAUCUCCAAUGAAGAUUGAAUUUCCAUCAACAUUAUCUCCAUCUUCAGUAGAUAUGCUUAAGGCACGUACGGUUGGAGAAGCGAAUGUGUCAGCUGAACCCAAUGCAGCCAGUGUUGGCCCAUUUGACUUGGGUGGGAUGCGUGCUGGAAUGGAGGAUCCUCUUCCUGAGGACAGUAUGGAAGAAGAAGAAGAAGAUAAAGCUGCUAUACCAUCUCAAGAGUCUUCAACUUCAGUAGUGGAUGGAUGUUUCGACAGCUUUAAUGACUUCUUGGAGCCUGAUGGUGUUUCAAUACCUUCAAUAUCUGUUACUCUUGCACCCUUUUACCCUGGAACUCAAAGAAUACAAAUAUUACACCAAAACUUCCCAUUGCAACUGAAAUGUGCAAGCUUGAAAGUUCGUUUUGGGAUCAGCACGAAGUUUGUUGAUCAUGCUGGUCGGCCACGUUUGAAUUUUGUUGUGGAUGCAUCACCAAAUAUGUGCAAUAUUCUAGAUGGAGCUGAUAGGUUAGCGCAGAAGCUGUCCACUGAUUCUGGUAGCUCCUCCGAGUGGCAUCAUGUAGUAGCUAGGAAGCAAGGGUUCUUCAACUCUCCCACUGUCCGAUUGCACCUACCCACUUUAGCAGACGGUGAAAUCAACCGAUGGACAACAGAGAUAUACCAGAAGGAGAGUUCAACCACGCACAAGCUUGUGUUUAGCAGAUACGAUGUUGCUGAACUGAAUUUGUUGUUCACUCCGGGGCAUGUUGUUGAUGCCUAUUUCGCUUUGGUUGCCUAUGAUUUUCAGCAAAAUGCCGGCAUCCGAUUAGUGGCAAAGAAACUGAUUAUUCAUCCAAGUUCAUGGUAAUUGCAAGUUUAAUAACGCCCUAACUGCUGGAUAGGUUACCCUUUGGAUAGUCAUGUAAGAAUUCAGUACUGAUGCUGUAUAUGAAGUAAUUUCAUAUUUAUUCAUUUCUCUUAGAAAGUUA